CUAAGCAUCAGUUGUGAGUCUUCAGAGGAUCUACCAACAUGAAAUCUUUCGCUUGCAUCGUCCUCCUCGCAGCGGCGGCCGCGGCGGCCCCGGGCGCCGGACAGCGCGACAAGCGCGGCUACCUGUCCGGCUGGUCCUCGCUGGACCACGGCCUGGACUACGCGCCCGCCGCCUACAGCCUGCACGAGCCGCUGCACCUGAGCGUCGCGCCGGCGCACAAGAUCGUCUCCUACAACAAGGUCGUGCAUGAGCCCAAGCUGGUGACUGUCAAGAAAAUCGUGUCCGUCCCGAAGGUGGUGUCCGUUCCUAAGGUUGUCUCCGUGUCCAAGAUCGUGGAGGAGCCCCAGAUCAUCAGCAGCUACGGAUCUCUUGGAUCUCACAGCAGCUAUGGAUCUCUUGGAUCCCACAGCAGCUACGGAUCCAUUGGAUCUCACAGCAGCUACGGAUCUCUUGGAUCCCACAGCAGCUACGGAUCCCUUGGAUCUCACAGCAGCUACGGAUCCCUCGGAUCCCACGGUUGGUGGUGAACUCAACCACAUUAUAGGAAUAUUUUAAAUGAUGCUAAUAGUUAAUAUAUUUUUUUAAACGAA